CAUAUCUUAUUGAGUGAAAUAUAUGCGAGUCCACCAUAUUCAAGACCAAUUUCUAAAGCGGUAGAUCAAACAGUGAGUAUUAGAGAAUAUCAAAGAAACUGUUACUAGAAACCCAACCACAAUUCGUGUUAGCAAAGUACUUUUCCCCGUUUAUGAUGAUGAUCUGUUAACUUUCUUGACAAGCUUUAUAAUGAUCUGUUAAUUAAUUCUAAGUGCACGCUGUUUACACUGUGACAUUAUUAUACUAAUAAAAUCAAAGGGUUCCCCACGUGCCACGUGUUAUUAGGAAUAAUCUAACGGUAUCUGAAAGCUCGUCGCAAAUUGAAUAUACUCGCGCUCUCUAACUCCAUCGCCAUGUCUUGCUCAGAAAGAAAGAAAUCAAUAUUACAUAUAUAAUCCCGUGUGAUAAAAGCUAGGGUUUCCAUUCAAUUCUUCAUCUUUUAGAAAUCUUCAAAAAUAAACACUUAUUUGCUUUUCAUAAGGUUAACCUAACAGAGAGAUUACUUCUGGUUUGAGAACAACCAAUGCAAAUAUUUUUUCUUUGUGAAAAUUCAAUACCAAAUGGAUGUCACCCUUUCCCAUCUUUCACGGUGGCUAAGGAGUGGAAAACAUCAACAGCCAAGAAUCUCAAAUGGGUAUUCUGUAAAACCUUCUGCUGAUUCUGUUACGAGGGAAUUGAAUGUUUCAAGGUUUCCUUCUGUUAAGGAGGAAAUUGCGCCUUCGUCUUCAAGAAGGGUGAAGCAAAAAUUGAAUAGUAGGGAAGAGCAGAAAAUUGAUAAGGAAUGCGAUUUUGUUAUUGUUCCAUCUGAUGAUGGAUGUGUUUCUGACGCUGAAUCUGUUGAUUCUGAUUGGUCUAUUGGCUGGUUGGAGCCUCAUGGAACUGGGUUCUCUAGAGAUGAUGAUAAAAGUCAUGAAACAGAUAACAGUUUCGCUGUGCUUGUUCCCUGUUAUGGAUACAAGAAUGGUGCCAUGUUGGAGGAGGAUCCUAAACACAACUUACUAAGCAAUGUUGGGUACUUCUCAGAUGAUAGCAAGAAAUAUUUGGAAAAUUGGAUAUCUUCGCUUCAUAAUACCUGAUGUAAAAAAAAAAUUACAGUUAUGUUUCUGCAUUUAAAGGAACCUCUGAAACUGCUGCUUCAUUAAAACUUGGAGGAGAAAAACUGCUGUAUUGCAAUGUGAUGGCAGAAUAGGAUUGCUUAAUUUUGGGUUUAGCCUAUUAAUCCAAAUCAUAGAAGGAGCUUAUGUGGUCAUUAGCAAAGCAAUUAUGCUGCUUUAGCACUGUCUGUUCCGAUCUAAACAUUGGAAAGAGAAGGAAAAAGAUAUGGAUCAAGAUGAGUACAUGUUCAAUAGAGUGAGCUUGCAAUUCAUUAUUGUAAAUAAAUGUAUAUGUAUAUAUGAAAUUUGUCGUAUUAUGCAUGUCAAACCAUGCACUUAGAUUUGUAUAUAAUUAAACUAACUAAAUAAAUUAAAUAUAAAUUGUGUAUAACCUUGUGAUUC